AUGGGAAAGGAUUAUUAUAAAAUUUUGGAAGUUGACAAGAAGGCCGACGAAGAAACUCUUAAAAAAGCUUAUAAAAAAUUAGGCAAACAUCAAAAUGAUAAAGAGCAAGCAGAAAUCAAGUUCAAAGAGAUAAGUGAAGCUUAUGAAGUAUUAAGCGAUAAACAAAAAAGGGAGAUUUAUGAUAUAUAUGGUGAAGAAGGUCUAAAAGGAGGCCAAACAUUCACAUUCACUUCAACAGGAGGACAAGGCGGGUUUAAACCAUCAGAUCCUACUUUCAUAUUUAAUGAUUUCUUUAAAAGCUUUGGUGGAAAUGAUGAAUUUCCAUUUCCUGGGUUUGGUGGUGGCAGAGGCACAAGGUUUGGCAAUAAAAGAUCAGCAGAUAUGAGUGAUUUCUUUGGUAAAGGGCGUGGUGAUGGCUCAGAAACACCAGAAGUUAAAUAUACAAUUUCAUUAACACUUGAAGAAAUAUACAAAGGUACUAUCAAAAAACUUAAAGUCACUCGAAAGAUAAUUGAUGGUCCAACUGGUAAACAAGUACCAACUGACAAAAUUUUGGAAAUCAAUGUGAGACCUGGCUUGAAAGCUGGUACAAAAUUCAGAUUCCCAAAUUCAGGUGAUGAAUUACCAACUGGUGGGUCACAAGACAUUGUUGUGAUCUUGGAAGAAAAGCCUCAUCCAAUAUUCACAAGGAAUGGUGAUGAUUUAUCAGUAAAAAUCACAUUAACUUUACUUGAAGCUCUUACAGGCUUCAAGAAAACCAUACAAACUUUAGAUGGUAGAACAUUGGCAAUAUCUAAUUACAUUAGUGUUAUAAAACCUGGUCAAGAACAAAGAUUUGCAAAUGAAGGUAUGCCAACUAAAGAACCAACAAAAAAAGGCGAUUUAUUAAUAAAAUAUGAUGUUAAAUUCCCUAACAAAUUAACUGAUCAACAAAAACAAGAACUCAAGAAGGUUUUAGCGGGAGUUUCAUAG